AUGCUUUCUCUACCAUCUGAAGUUCAACUUGAUGUAUUAAAAUCUCUUAAUUUCACUCAAUUAUUCUCGUUAAAACAAGCCAAUUUUUAUUUUCGCAAUUUAAUUAAUAAAUAUGAAGGAGAACUGGCACGAAUGGAAUUUUUUAAAAUUGAUAUAUGGCAAGAAGCGAUAGACAAAUCAAUUCCGUUGUUUCUUCAUGAAGAGGACAGCAAAUUUGCUUUAAUAGUUGCCAAAAAUUCCGUUUUUUAUGUAUUAAAUUUGGAAAAUUUCCCAAAAAAUAUUGAAAAAAUGAUUAUUGUUCGUUGCUGGUUAGAACAACUAUUUAAGUGCGCUUUUGAGUAUUGUAAUUUUCGAGAUGUAGUAUUUAAUCCAGAAAUGAUCAACAUAUUAUUUGAUAAUUACAAUAAAAUUCCAACCCAAUUUAAUAUUAGACACACCUAUCUUUCUCCUAGCAAUAAUUUAUGUAAAAAUUUGUUGGACUUAGUUUUAAAUCAUUGUGCAAUUUGUGAACUCUACAUUGAUUUUAUGGAUGUUAAAAUUAAAGAGCAAUAUACAGAUAUUUUAUUCAAUAUUUUAAUAAAUGAAGGCAAUAAAUUCCCAAAAGUUUUUUUUCAAUUUUCAUCUGAAUUUCCAGCACUUUGUGAUCUUAUUGUUGAACAUAUAACAACAAAAGACUGUUCAAAAAUAGUGCCUUAUAUUCUUUUAAGAUUUAGUUACAAGACAAAUUUUAAAUUAAGUGAAAGAGCAGAAAAGGUUGAAAUUGAGCAAUUAGAUGAUGUCAAAUUUACAGAUUAUCAAAUUUCCAAUAUUUCGAGAUUUUAUUUUUAUUAUAAAGAACCUAAAGCAAAAUUUGAUUUAAAUACUUUAACAAUAAUAAAAAAGUAA